GCAGGGCAGCCCGGGAGUGUUUCGUUAAACCCCAGCCAGGGUUGGGUUUGUGCCCAGAGCUGCCGGCACCCCGUCCCGGGUGUGCAGGGUCCGCGGGGCCGAUGCGUGCGGAGCCUGCGCCGGAGAGCGCUGCGGCCGCCGGGGGCUCUGCGGGGACCGUGGAGUUGGAACUCUGGAAACCAACCACGGAGUGAGAAACAGCGGCUGGGCACACAGGGCUGAGAUGGGCGAUGAGAGAACAGGUCAAAAUGCCAGCAAAUUGCAGGGAGCUGGAGGCCAGGCGGCUCCAUCGAGCCCGCUGAUGAGGGACUUUGUUUCAGACUGGUCUCCUUUACAUGAAGCCUCUAUCCACGGGCGCCUGCUUUCUCUGAAGAAGCUCAUUGAACAGGGGAAUGCUGUCAAUCUUGUGACAGCAGACCAGGUGUCUCCUCUCCAUGAAGCCUGCCUGGGGGGUCACGCUGCCUGUGCCAGUGUCCUGUUAAAACAUGGUGCUCAGGUGAAUGGAGUGACUGUUGAGUGGCACACACCACUGUUCAACACCUGUGUCAGUGGCAGUGUGGCUUGCUUGAAUUUACUGCUGGAGCAUGGAGCCAGCCUACACCCAGCCUGUGACCUGGCCUCCCCCAUCCACGAAGCUGCUAAGAGAGGCCAUGUGCAAUGUGUCGAACUCCUUGCAUCCCGUGGGGCAAAUAUAGAUCACAACAUCAAGCACCUGGGCACUCCUCUUUAUGUAGCAUGUGAGAACCAGCAACUGAACUGUGCCAAGAAGCUGCUUGAGUCAGGAGCGAAUGUGAACAGUGGCAAGGGCCUGGACUCCCCUCUGCACACAGCUGCCAGGAACUGCAGUGUGGAGCUGGUGAAGCUGCUGAUGGACUUUGGAGCAGAUGUUUGGGUGAAGAAUGCUGAAAACAAGAGGCCGGUGGAGCUGGUCCCACCUGGCUGCCCUGUGGGCCAGCUGUUCCUGCAGAGAGAAGAAACGGGUCCUGCUGCCACAAACCAAAGUGCAUUUGUGACCACUCUGCUCUCUUGGGUGCUCCACUGGGGAGAUCAGCUGCCUGAUUCAUGUGGGAGCAAGGAUGCUGAGACUCCAGCUCUUCUUCCCCUCGCCCUGUUUCCUUCUGGGCUCUAAACCAAAGUGAUCUGCAUCACCUGGGAGCAGCAGCAUCCCCUCUCCCUGAGGGGCUGCUGUGUCACCCUGAGCUGAAGGGAUAGCCACACACUUUGGUGCUUCUGGAGAGCCUUUCUCACUUGGCUGUGGAGACUCCAUAAGAGUGGGCUGGGAGUGCAGAAACUGCUGACAUCACUGACACCAGCAGUGAGAGAUACAGAGUCCUCAUCUCACAAGUGGAGAGACUGGCAGCCUUCAAAUCUAUGAAAGCUGAUUUCGGUGUUCACCAGUGUGAGCAGUGCCAGCCUGCUGUGUGCAAGUGGAAGGUUAGAGAGGGCAGAUCAAAUGCUACCUGGAUGCUGGUAUUUGAUAUAAAUCACAAUUCAAAUCCUUGUCUGCCCAACAUGACUGCUGGCUGUAGGUAUCCAGUGUGAUGGUUUGUUUGCUUUGUGCUGACCAAACACAGUACAGUUCUGUGGGACACUACAUUGUACUCUAGUGGGACAAAAUUACAAACACAGCUAGGUCUCUAACUCCUCUGGUGAUAGAGACACUUGGGCAUGUGUCUCUUAUCUGAUCCAAUUCAUCACACAUAUUUGAGGCAUGUAAAAAUUAACUGGCUGGUUUAAGAUGGCCUUCUAGAUGGUUUCCCUCAUGCCCAAGAAGAAAAGUAGACAUCUGUCUUUGCAGAGGUUGAAUAAAAGGUAUCUGGGAUGGGAAAGGUGUAUUCUUCUAAAAUCAGUGUCUUGGUUAAGCUGAAUCUGCAUUGAGCAGGCAAGGAGUGGACAAAGAACCUAGUGCUUAACUUUUGGACAUUAAAGUGUGAAGAAUCUCUGCUUUGGUGACAGUGGCAAGCUGGAGAUAUAUCUCAUUAAAUUGUAGAUGAUGAAGAACAUUUUUAUACAUGCUAAUUUUCCUUUUGCCUUUAGGCAUCUUAUUUUGUAACUUCAACUGAUGGGUUUAUAGGAGUAAUGAUAAUACCAGGAGGAAAUUGCUCUGAGAAUCAGGUGAGAGUGUUGCUUCUAGUUUGCUUUUCUUAUGAAAAUUUAAUGGUAUAACUGUUUACUUGAGUUUCUCUGCCCAAGUGUAAUUAGGAUGAAUUCUGUAUGCUCAGCUUGUAUCAUCUCAGUGUGCUUACUUAUUUAUUUUCAUAAAAAUUGUGGUCAACACUGGUGAAUUACAGCUUUAUGCAUCAACACUUAUCCAGAUAUAAACAGUAAAAGUACAAGAUGCAAACUGAAUAAGCUCAUUAUAGGUGAGGUUUGGAUUUUUUUUUCUAUAUUUGAAACCAUUCAAAAUGUAAUGCAGAACUUAAAUGAUUGUCAGGAAUAUAUUUUAUCAGAUUCAUUCAUAUUUUUAUAUUAAGAGUUUAACGGUA